UCUGUACCGAGACUGCUAGGUUCUCCUACGUUGUUGCUGAAGCUUGACCGAACCUACUAUAGAUAAUAAGAAGAGUUUGGCCAUCUUGGAGGUGUUCUCCCUAGUCGCCACAGAGCUGAUAUAUAGACGGAUUGAUCUGUGAUCUGCGGACCACCGCCUUACCCAGAGUUUUAAGAUCCCUUGAAACUUUUCUUCAAAUUUCUGUACUCUUAGACUUUCGUCUUUCUAAUUCACCUGAAAAUACAAGAAAGGAGAGAAAAGAUGCAUUGGCGUUCGCUUGCCGCUCUGGCAGCACUCUUGUCGGUGCGCGACGCCGCAUACGCGCAACAGAUGCUGCGGUUCUCGUGCUCCAAGCUUACUAUCGAGCGUUUAGACCCGCUGGUAUCGCCGGGUAUGGAACAGUCGCCCCAUAUGCACCAAGUGGGUGGCGGAAACUCGUUUCGAGCAUCUAUGCCGCCUGUUGAUUUUGAUCCCGUGAAGGAGUCGACAUGUACUUCGUGUACUUUUGCCGAGGACUUCUCAAAUUACUGGACGGCCAACUUGUUCUUCAGAGCCCGUAACGGGACCUUGAAACGCGUGCCACAACUGGUGAAUAUGGGCCUGAAAGCAGACGGUGGAUUAACUGUGUAUUAUAUUCCUCCGUAUGAUGGGAAGACCAAUGUUACUGCGUUUAAACCGGGAUUCCGUAUGCUAGUCGGAGACCCGAUGUUACGACAAGCCGAGGGUCAGCAGCGACAGGUCUGCCACCGGUGUUUUAGCACGAUCAAUCAGGUGCCAUUUGGCGGCGCGCCUUGCACGGGCGAGGAUACGGCCUCUCUUCCUCUUAAGAUGUGUGGGGGAGGUAUCAGAAGUACAAUCACUUUUCCGUCGUGUUGGGAUGGCGUCAACGUUGAUUCGCCUGAUCAUAAGAGCCACGUCGCGUACCCUGAGACAGGAUCAUUCGAAAGUAGCGGCCCUUGCCCGGCUUCUCACCCCGUCAAGCUUCCACAGUUAAUGUAUGAAGUUAUGUGGGAUACGCGACCUUUCAACGACCCAGACCUAUGGCCCGAGGACGGAUCUCAACCCCUGGUUUACAGUAUGGGAGAUGGUACCGGUUACGGCCAACAUGGUGACUACCUCUUCGGCUGGAAAGGCGACGCCCUUCAGAGAGCGCUGGAUGCUCGUUGCAGUAACGACCGUUGCGCACAGCUUAAAUCCCAGACCUCUGACGAAGCUAUGCGAUGCACAAUUAACCAGACCGUUCCGGAGAAUUACAAUGGCUGGCUAAACCAGCUCCCUGGUAAUUGGACUAUUACUUACAGCUAAUUAGUUGAAAGAAUUCAACUGACAAGCCAGAGGAUACAAGAUGUGAGUUGGGAUUAACAAUGAAGAUUCGCGAUCAAGUUGGAUGUCGAUUAAUCGAAACAAACACCCUUGCUGCCUUCAUUCUUUAUGUGAUGCUUAAGGAUAUUGCACGAUACUUAUUUUAAAUGGACUUUAAGUCAAGUUGGCGUGUAAAGUCUAAAACGUCCAAGCUAUGAGUGUGACUGUCAUAGAAGAAGAAUCAUUGUAAUAAUUGUUGAUGUAAAGGGUAA